UCUCCAACGAAGCGUACCGAUCAGCCAGACCUUCCCCCUAUCGGAAAACUAUCACCAUGAUCCGCAACGUCGUGAGAGCGGUUGGGGGACGAGCGUCGUUGAAGGUGGCGGCAGGAGCACCAGCACAGCAGGUCCCUGCGGCAGCAAGAGCUACCGCCACUGCGCAAGGGGUGCGAGCGGCGUCCGCGUGUCUGGGCAGGGAAGUGCGGAGUUUCAGCGACGCUGCCGCGCCUGCUGCCGAUGAUGUGCGCACGGCGCAGCACGCGUGGGAGAAGUCGUGCUACUUCAACAUCGACUACAAGAUCGACGAGGCCUCCACGGUCUACGACGCCAUCAGCAGAAUGUCGGCCUACAACGUCGGCUGCCUCAUCGUCACGAAGAACGGGGUGGUGUCUGGCAUCAUCUCAGAGCGCGACUACGUCUGCAAGAUCGCUCUGCUGGGCAAGGCUUCCAAGGACACCACGGUUAAGGAGAUUUGCACCCGGGGCCCCAAGAUGGUGGCUGCGGCACGUUCGGACACGAUCGAGGCGUGCGUGAAGAAGAUGAUCGCCGCUGACGUGCGCCACCUGCCCGUCAUCGACGACGACACGGGCGAAGUCUUCGGCCUCAUCUCCGUCAAGGACCUGGUGAAGGAGUACACCAAGGAACGCGAUGACCUGCUCAUGAAGAUGCUUGGACUCCCGCCGUCUUCCGUCUAAAGCUACCUGUAUCUACAGCGCUAGCUUCGUUUUUCUUGUGGCGCCCACGUGUUCCGUUGCAUUGAGCUUGGUAUGACGUAAGAACAGCUUCGAACUACUCUUGUGUAGCGAACUGGCGCUUAAUAUCUUGGUUGAAGCAAGCGCCUUCGAUCGAUUGCCACUCAUGGAUCCUACACGCCUAUGUUUUCCCUCCAGCGCGAUAUAGCUCUUCGGGUGGUUUUAUAUCUGUUGCGGCGCGUGAGACGUAAUCACUCCCGCUUGGCGAAGGAGAGGACUGCACCUGGAAAACCAGGGAGGAUAUAGGCCAAAAGUGUACGGGCACUCUGUGGUGUUGGGGCGGAGAGCAUGGUGUCAAGGGUAAUCAUUUUUCCGCCUGCUGUCUCAGUAGUGGCGGUUGCAUCUGGGUGGGCUCACGAGCAAUUUGCGUAUGCACUUGAGGAGUUUUCCGCCAUGAUUCCACGCAGUUCCUCAUGGCGAGAUGAGUCAUGGGUACGUGGGCACAGCUACUGGAGACUUAAAAUUCGAUUUUCGUUUUGUGCAUAGAUACGGGCUGCAGGGUACGGUAAACUUAGCUGGGCCUUCAUGGAGCCACUUUUCACUGUCGAGACCUGAAGCGUGCGGUAAACAAAGGUGUUGUCGGUGAGCUCAGUUGCGGUUGUGUGAUUAGAUGAACGGAAGACUUGGCUUCCAGUUUGUCAGCCGGCGUAUGGUGCUUGCUCCGCCUCCGCCGUAUGUAUGCUGGUUGUGCCGAGGUGCACAGCUACACGGCACAAGCAAUAGUUUUUCGCACCCAAACAAGCC